AUGAAGUUGAUCGUGGUUGUUUUAGCGGUUGGCUGCAUGGCGAGCCUGAGCCUCGCCAACACCAGUGGCAUCGCGCCAAAAUACGUAAAACCAGAAGUGCCAUCCCAACCAGCAUCGCAAGGCGGUAAUGAUAUCGAUAAAUGUGGAUGCCACGAGAUCGUAGGCAAGCUUAGGAAGGUCGAAUCGAACCUGUUGAAGCUUAUUUUGAACCUACGUAACAAGUAUGGCGCCGUGUAUAGCGAGCUGCUCGACAUGAAGAAACACGUGAAGAGUGUGUCCUGGUACGUUGGUCAAUCGGCGGAAACUGGCCAAAUCAUCAACGAACAGCUGUUGGGCGCUUCGAUCUCGCUGGCACAAAUCAUGCAUACGAUCAGAGAUCUUACCAUCAACCAGCAGAAGUUGGUAACAAAGACCUUCCUCACCGAAUCAAUUCUGGCGCUUGAUAAACGUCAUGAGGAGUACAUCCGUCCAGCACCGGAGGGCGAUAUCGUCUACACGUCUUGCGAUGAUCCGCGCAUCACUCAAACUGGCACAUACUUGGUGCAGGAUGCAUUCGCAGAGCCUACUAAACUGAUUUGCGUGCUCGAAUUCCUACCGGGCGCAUACACCGUGAUCCAGAACCGCCAGGAAGGAUCGACCGAUUUCUAUCGCGGCUACAGCGACUACAGAUCUGGCUUCGGAGAGUUCGAUGGCGGUGAUUACUGGUUGGGUCUGGACCGCAUCAACAACAUCACUGCUUCCGGUGACUACGAGUUAAUGAUCCUGCUGGAGGACUUCGAGAAGAAUGUGACCUACGCUCACUACGACAAUUUCGCCGUCGGAUCAGGCAAUGACUUUUAUCCAAUCACCAAGCUGGACGGAUACAGUGGUACUGCUGGGGAUUCCCUUCGUUCGUUGGUAGGUGUACUGUUCAGUGCUUACGAUCUCGAUUUGGACAACAGCGAAGGCAACUGUGCAGCAACGAACCGUGGUGCUUUUUGGUACACUGAUUGCGGUGGAAGCAAUUUGAACGGCAUCUACCUGAAGGGUCUGUCUGGUAGUACCACCGGUAUGUUCUGGGAGACUUUCCGCGGAGCAUACUACAGUCUGAAGAAGAGCCGUAUUAUGGUCAAACGCAAGCAAAUGCCAAUUACUACACCAACUACACCUGUUACGCCAACCACAAGCGGUGAAUCUACCUCGAUGUCUUCCGAAAGUACUUCAGAAACUAGCCCUGGCGUAUCGGUAACAACUGAAGCGGGAGCAAGCACAUCGUCAACUUCCGAAAUGGCGGCUACCGAUUCAACUACCGCAUCCACCACCGCCGACUCGAUGAGUACUUCAGCCACUCAACCAACACCAGCUAGAAAACGCCGGGUCUGA